AUGUCCCCCACUCCCAGCUUCGAUGUCUCUGCGAACCACCGCACCAAGGAGGAGAACCAAGAGCGCGCGUUUAUCGCCGCUUCGAGGCGCAAAGACCGCAGCUUAGAUGCCCGCAUAGAAUCCGCCAACCGUGCAUCGGCCCUGCACAAGAACCGUACUGGGCGAGCUCUCCACAUCACUAGAUCAAUCGUCGAAAACGAGGCCAUGUACGAGGAAGUUGACUCGAACUAUCAGGUCAAGCUUCAGCGCAUGAUGCAAGCUCAGACCAUGCAGUUGGAGCAGGACUUUGAAAGAAAGCUCUUUGUCGCCAUGCGCAACAACCCACAGGCGCUGCAUCAGCGCCGUGCGGGCAGCCUAGCAUCUCAAGGUCCUAUGCACGGUGCUCGGAGAAUGAGCCUUGAUCUGUCUCAACUGCGAACCACUCUACCAGAGACGAUGACCAGCCCCUUGACAAGCAGUCACUUCUCUCCGAGGUGGUCCAUCGCUCCAACCGGGCCCCAUAUCCAGUCUCAGACCCAUGCGCAGAUACCAUCCUACGUUGCUUCAGGGACCCCCACCUGGAUGCAUCCAGAGCAGCAACAACAGGUGAUGCAGCACUGGGAUGGACUCUACAGCAAUCCGAUUUCUCCCUCCGCCAUAGGAGGACUUCCUAUGCCUACACAACCGUUUCGCGACCGUCUUGCAUCCGCCCCAUCCAUCCCCGUUCAAGGACAAGCCGCCAACAUCCCUGCUACCCCUCCUGCCUCUCGCGGAACAAGCCAGCAUCUGCGAGUUCGGUCGGAACCUGGCACCACUACCAAGCCUGCUACGACCCCAGCAUCAGCGUCUUCUUCAUCUUCUUCCUCGUCGUUGCAAGUCGGAAUCGCACCAUGCACUAGCUCCCCGGGCCUCGACCAAAGCUCUUCUAGUGACAUUCUACCGACGCCAGACCCCUGCGCGUCUCCACACACGCCUGCCUCACAAGCAUCGGAACCCAACAAUUGCCCUGGUCUAGACUUGGCCAAUAUCGGCACUGGCCCAGAGAAGUGGGGUGCAGAUCUGUUACAUGAGCUUGAUCUGAACUUGGGCUUCGAGGCUUUCUCUCAUGAGCCUGCGGAUCAGGACUAUCUUGAUUUUAGCCAGUAUGCGUCGACCAUUGACAACGGACAUUUCGCCCAUGCUCAGGCACACGCACACAUGCAGAUCCCCAUGCAAAUGCCUGUGCAACUGGAUCUAUGCCGUGCCGCAGAAAGCGGUAUGGACGAUAUGCCGGAUAUGGAUGAGUAUACGAUCACCUCAUAA